AUGAACUCAAAAAAGGAAUACUUAAAAAAUGUGUUUGAUUAGCAUAUUCUCAAAGAAUAAAGAAACAAUAAAUAUGAACCUAGUAGUAGCUUAUUGUAACCUACAUUUUAAAAUCUAAUGCAUUCUCUACCAUCUAAUAUUUAACUCUCUUAAAUGAAAUAUCAAAAGUAUAGAUCAGCAUCCACCAGUUUAGAACAAUCUAAACCAUUACCAAGUCCUAGUUUUGGAGGUUAAAUGACAAGAUCUCAAUAAUUUAGAACAAAUAAUAUUCUAGGAGAUAUAAAAAAUAGAAAAUAUUGA